AUGCUAGCGUUUCGAACAAAAGGAUAUAAUGGGUAUGGGGUACAGUACUCACCCUUUUAUGAUAAUAAGCUAGCGGUACUGACGGCGGCGAAUUACGGCCUUGUUGGUAACGGACGGCUAUUUAUUCUCAAUAUUGAGCCUGGUGGACAAAUAGUUGGGCAAGGAUCAUGGGAAACUCAAGAUGGGUUAUUUGACCUAGCAUGGAGCGAGAUCCAUGAAAACCAGUGUGUUGUUGCGAGUGGUGACGGCUCAAUCAAAUUAUUCGAUAUAAUGGUUCCCCAGUUCCCUAUUUUGCAGUGGAAAGAGCACGAGCGUGAGGUUUUUUCAGUGAAUUGGAAUCUUGUUGAUAAGACCAAUUUUGUCACUAGCAGUUGGGAUGGGAUGAUUAAGAUAUGGUCACAUCAAAGAGCAGAAUCUAUGUACACAUUGAGACCAAACUCGACCGAUUUCACAACGAAAAGUGCCCCGAUUUCGCAAACGGCGAAGCCAUUGCUUCUGUUUCAACAGCAACACCAACAGGCAUCAAACACCAAGCAUUGCAUAUAUUCAGCCCAAUUUUCGCCACACUCUCCGUCUAUGCUUGUGUCAUGCAAUGGCUCUUCCCAGGUACAGAUAUGGGACUUGAGAACAGCACACCCACUACAAAUGCAAUUCAUAUCGCACAAUGGACUAGAAACGCUCUCAGUAGAUUGGAAUAAAUAUAAAUCAACAGUUAUUGCCUCUGCUGGUACAGAUAAGUCCAUUAGAGUAUGGGAUCUAAGGAUGAUUUCCAAAAUAGACCAGCCUCAUCUGCAUUCACCUAUGCCACUGCAGCACCAACGUGGACCUUCUCCCUUGAAUGAGUUCUUGGGACACGAAUUUGCCGUUCGCAAAGUGCAAUGGUCGCCCCAUGACUCGAAAGAGUUGAUAAGUACUUCCUAUGACAUGACUGCAAGGAUAUGGCGAGACGAACUGGAUGAAAGAGCAAGAUUCUUAAAUACCAAAACGGGCGGUAUGAAGGGUAUAUUUGGCCGACAUAAGGAAUUUGUGAUUGGCUGCGAUUAUAGUCUAUGGGGAGAGCCAGGCUGGUGUGCUACUACUGGAUGGGAUGAAAUGGUUUAUGUGUGGGACUCCAAAAGGGUAUAA